AUUCGCUUUACCGUGUUAAGUUAUGUUGACAACAGAGCAACAUCACCCGUUCACAACAUAAUCGGAGUUGAUUAGGGAGUUUUCUACUAAAAGGAUUAAGUCUUGUUGUCAAGCUUAAGUCCCAACUAAGUUGCAUAACCACCGGUGUAAGCCAUCCCCCAAUCAAAGCCAUGUUAACCCGAAACCUGCCGCGAACCGUUCCGUCGGCCCUGUUCCGAGCCAUGUCUUCUUCCGCGGAUCGCACCGUCCUCUGCGAGGAGUUUGGCCCGGACAAGGGCGUCAUCACGCUGAACCGCCUCAAGGCGCUGAACGCCAUCAACCUGGACAUGGUGCGGCAAAUCUACGGCGCGAUGCGGUCCUGGCAGGGCCAGAAGAACCUGGUCAUCGUGAAGGGCGCCGGGGAGAAGUCGUUCUGCGCCGGUGGGGACGUCCGCUCGCUCGUGGAAGCCGGCCCCGUUCCGGAGUCGAGGAACUUCUUCCGCGAGGAGUACAAUUUGAACGCGCUGAUCGGGUCCUACAAGCCGGAUUACGUGGCCAUGAUCGACGGGAUCACGAUGGGGGGCGGGGUUGGGUUGUCCGUGCACGGCAAGUACCGCGUGGCCACGGAGCGAACGAUGUUCGCGAUGCCCGAGACCGCGAUCGGCCUGUUUCCGGACGUCGGCGGCGGUUACUUUUUGCCUCGUCUCGACGGCAAACUUGGCCUCUACCUAGGCCUGACGGGAUUCCGCCUUAAAGGCAAGGACGUGGCCAAGGCUGGCAUCGCGACGCACUACGUCGAGAGCAAGAAUCUGGAAGCGCUCGAGAAGGAACUGCUCGCGAGUAAAAACAGCUCGGACGUUGCCGCAACCCUGGACAAAUUCAACGUCCAAGAUAGUUCCGAGUUUGUGCUGGCGAAAAACCUCAAACAAAUCAACGCGUGCUUCAGCGGUCCCACGGUGGAAUCGAUCCUGGCGGCGCUCGAAGCGGACGGCAGCGAGUGGGCUCAGUCGACGCUGAAAACCCUCGCCAAAAUGUCCCCGCUGUCGAUGAAGGUCACCAAGAAGCAACUCGACCUGGGUCGCACCAUGGACCUGCGAAGCUGUCUGAGGAUGGAGUUCCGGAUGGCCGUCCACUGCCUCAUCGAUAGUGACUUCAAGGAGGGCGUGCGAGCGCUGUUGAUUGACCGUGAUCAGAGUCCCAAGUGGAAGCCGACCACGCUGGGCGAGGUGACGGAGCAGCAGGUUGAUCGGUUCUUUGGCGCGCUGCCCGACGGCGACGAGCUGCUGUUUGAGGAUGAGGUGAAGGCUAAUAUGUAAAGCUUUUGGAGAAAAUUGCAAAUUUAUUAUCUACCUUCCGCAAGUGCAUUUACUAGUGUGAUAAGAUGGAAAUAGUGUAUUUUUCCUGUGCAAACGCGUAGCGUUGGAAUAAAAUUCAUGAAUGUUGUUAAA